CGCCUGCUGCAGGAUGGCUCGUACUAUGGAACCACUGGCGAAGAAGGUCUUUAAAGGAGUUUUAGUAGCUGAACUUAUGGGUGUUUUUGGAGCAUAUUUUUUGUUUACUAAGAUGAACACAAGCCAAGAUUUUAGGCAACCUAUGAGUAAGAAAUUUCCUUUCAUCUUAGAAGUUUAUUACAAAUCCAUUGAACAGUCUGGAAUUUACGGAACCAGAGAGCAAGAUCAUGAAAAGUGGUUCAAUAGCAAAAAUUAG